ACAGCGCGGGUGUUCUGCAGUACGUCGAUCUACCACAAUGCCUGGCUCUCUUCCAGUGAAUGCUGAAUCCUGUUGGCCCAAAGAUGUGGGAAUUGUUGCACUGGAAAUAUAUUUUCCAUCUCAGUAUGUUGACCAGACAGAGCUGGAGAAGUAUGAUGGUGUGGAUGCUGGGAAAUACACCAUUGGUCUAGGCCAGUCCAGGAUGGGGUUCUGCUCUGACCGGGAGGAUAUCAAUUCUCUCUGUUUGACUGUGGUUCAGAAGCUCAUGGAGAGGAACGGCCUUUCCUAUGAUUGUAUUGGGAGAUUAGAAGUUGGAACAGAGACAAUAAUUGAUAAAUCAAAGUCUGUAAAGACUGUCUUGAUGCAGCUUUUUGAGGAAUCUGGCAAUACAGAUGUAGAAGGAAUCGAUACCACCAAUGCAUGCUAUGGAGGCACUGCUGCUCUCUUUAAUGCUAUUAAUUGGAUUGAAUCCAGUUCUUGGGAUGGACGCUAUGCACUUGUUGUUGCUGGAGACAUUGCUGUGUAUGCAUCUGGAAAUGCCAGGCCAACAGGUGGAGCUGGUGCUGUUGCUAUGCUGGUUGGUCCAAAUGCUCCGUUAAUUUUUGAGAGAGGAUUGCGUGGAACACACAUGCAGCAUGCAUAUGACUUCUACAAACCAGAUAUGGUCUCUGAAUAUCCUGUAGUUGAUGGCAAGCUCUCCAUUCAGUGCUACCUCAGUGCAUUGGAUCGCUGCUAUACUGUCUAUCGGAAUAAAAUCCAAGCACAGUGGCAAAAGGAGGGCAUAGACAGACGUUUCACCCUGAAUGACUUUGGAUUCAUGAUCUUUCAUUCUCCCUACUGUAAACUGGUACAGAAGUCUGUGGCUAGACUCUUGCUGAAUGACUUUCUCAGUGACCAGAACCCAGAAACAGCAAAGGGCGUUUUCAGUGGUUUGGAAGCUUUCAGGGAUGUAAAACUUGAAGAUACGUAUUUUGACAGAGAUGUGGAAAAAGCUUUUAUGAAAGCUAGUGCAGAACUCUUCAAUCAAAAAACCAAAGCUUCGUUACUUGUGUCCAAUCAGAAUGGAAAUAUGUAUACCCCUUCAGUCUAUGGUUGCCUUGCCUCUCUUCUAGCACAGUACUCCCCAGAGCAGCUUGCAGGACAGAGAAUCAGCGUGUUCUCCUAUGGCUCUGGUUUUGCUGCUACACUGUAUUCCAUCAGAGUUACACAGGAUGCCACUCCUGGUUCUGCAUUGGACAAAAUAACUGCCAGCCUUUCAGAUCUCAAAGCAAGACUUGACUCAAGAAAAUGUAUUGCACCUGAUGUCUUUGCUGAAAACAUGAAGAUUAGACAGGAAACGCAUCAUUUGGCCAACUAUAUUCCGCAGUGCUCAGUAGAAGACCUCUUUGAUGGAACAUGGUACCUCGUGCGUGUGGAUGAAAAACACAGGAGAACUUAUGCACGGCGCCCAGUCAUGGGUGAUGGACCUCUGGAGGCAGGAGUUGAAGCUGUCCACCCAGGCGUUGUUCAUGAGCACAUCCCAAGCCCUGCUAAGAAAGUGCCAAGAAUCCCUCCAACAACCGAAUCUGAAGGCGUUACUGUUGCCAUUUCCAAUGGGGAGCAUUAAGAUACCUCUGUGAGGUGGGGAAUGGAACAAGAUGUAAGGGCAGAUUGAGAGAAAGAAAUUGGUCACAGUAGUGUUGAAGUUUCAGUGUAUAGUAAUAACUCAUUGGAGCAUGGGGAAAAAUGUUCAAGCUCUUUGAAAAAAAUUGUCACAAUAUAGUGUGCUGAUAUUUACAGCAUUUUGGAUCACGAAAAUCAUGAAUAUACUGGAAAUGGAGGGACUUGCCAGGGGCUAUGUUGGAUCUCUUAACAUGUCUGAAUUUUUUUAAUUGCUAAGUAGUAGCUGUAUUUCAAGGUCUUUGUACGGAGGUGGGAAAAAAUCUGCUUGCUCUUUCAUAUAAAAUGACUUGAAACCUAUACUGUUAACUUCUACUUGUACUAGAGUCUGUGGCAAAACAGUUCAAGCUUUUAAUGUUGGGGUUCUCAGUGCCUUGACAGUAAGCAGUCAGUCAUCUGAUUACUGCACUUCUCUUACCCUCUCUCACCUUCCCGUUCUUCUCCCAGUUGACUUCCCAUCACCCCACUGUUUCGAAGGUACAAAAACAUGUAGUAUUUGCUGCAACACACUCUCUCUCUGCCCUGUCAAAACAACUGGAUCAAGAACAACUAGACUGGCAGGGGAUGUUCUUCCAAGAAACUCUUCCAAGCCCACUGAUAGUUAGUACUUAAUGUGUUCCAACGUCCAUAUUUGCAUGUUGUACACCUGCGUUAUAGAUUACAGCAGCCAGGGAGGAAAAAGGGAAAAACAAAAAAGGGAGGUAGUAACUGUUAAAGAAAUGGGUUCACUGAUUUGACACCUUUCUAGAUUGUGUAGUAGAAGCACCUAAGGCAGCAGAAUUUUCAAGUAAAACUUCUAGAUGGUUCUGGUUCUAAUUGGCAAACAAAGGGAGGAAGAAGACUUUAUCUGGAGCUCUGACACCUCACUAUUCUUUAUACAUUUCUGAAAGACUAUUUCUAACGCAAAAUUUGGCUUUGUACUUUGAAGUCCUCCUCACUAUGGGUAAUGCUAUAGGAGCGGGUAUUUUUUUUUUCCCAACAUGCAAGCUAUAAGCUAUGUGUUUUGCAAGUAAUAGACACAUAAUACUAAUGGGGAUUCCUUUCUGGUAGACUUUUUUGAAGCCAGAUUAGAUAUGAACUUUGACAUGAGCCUUGUAAGCUUGUAAUAUAUACUUAAACUGAGCUAAUGUACAGAAUGAAAUUUUGUUGAAUUUAUUUCUUUGCUAAUUCUUAAAAGCUACAUUAUCUAAUAUAAAGUAGGGGAAAUUAUUUGUCUGUUAAAUUACAAUUUUUGGUGUGUGUAAUGAAGUGUUUGUAUUACCUGUAACUCACUAGGAUUUGAUAACUUGCUGUAUUUGUACAGUUAAGCCUUCGUAAAAUAGUUGGUUAUUAUAAACUGAUUAAUACUAAUCUGUUUCCUCUUCUGAAAAUGAUGGCACAAUGAUGCAUGAUAGUGUGUUUGCAAGUUCGGUAUAGGUUGCUCUCAUGAAAACUCACCUUGGCACCAGAAAAACAAAUUGCUAUGGAACGAAGUCCGUUGCUGGCAGUGGACUAGCCAAGAAGUGAGCUACUGGCACAAAGUUAACUACAGGGACCUCACAGUCCAUGAGGCUGAUCCUUCAUUAAAAUAAAGGUGGAGAUAUUUCAAACCUGUUGGAGUAGUGCUGACUUGUUGAGUCUUUAGGAUGCUUUUUUGUGCUUUCUUCAACAGGAAAUAAAA